AUGCUGCUGUCGAAAGUUCAAAGUCACGAUUUGGGCUACACAAUUUUCCUUAUUUGUGCAACAGUUUUUAGUAUUGCCAUUAAAACAUGGAUCUUUUCGGUGAUUCUUUCGCUGCAUCGCUAUCUUCGAUUUGAGGAGGAAUACGGUGAACUUGUAUACGCACAGUAUGUGAAUGGAGGUGUUCGUAUAGAUACAAACUCGGGCGCAUUUUCAUAUCCGGCCACAGCACCGCCUUUCUCGGCUGAUGCUUCAGGUGCGCCACCUCAGUAUUUCAAUAACACUUUCGACGGUAUAUUCUUUAUUUGGUCGCCGUUGAUUCCUUGA